AUGGACAACACCCAGACCGAAGCUGGGAAGCAGCAGUCUGAGCCGGACCAAAAGCCUCCAUUUAAGAAUUUCUGGAGAAUAUUAGGCCAUGGAACCCUCCUCGACAAGAUUUUGAUGGGAAUUGCGGUAUUAUGUGCUGCAGGAGCAGGAACUGCUUUGCCUUUGAUGAAUGUUAUCUUCGGCAAUGUUGUCAGCGAUUUCAAUGGAUAUUUCAUCCCUGGCUCCGGUGUUACCAAGGAGAAGUUUCUUAGCAGUGUGAAUCGGAGCGUGCUAUUUAUUGUAUACCUUUUUAUCGGCAAGUUUCUGCUUGGCUAUAUUUCCAUGUUUUGUCUACGAAUGACUGGGAUCAGAAUUUCUGCUCGGCUUCGUCUAUCGUAUCUUCAAGCUCUUUUCAACCAACCCAUUAGUGUUUUUGAUACACUCCCCGUUGGAAGGCCAACAAAUACCAUCACUACCUCCUCCAACACGAUACAGGCAGGCAUCUCGGAUAAAUUGGCCAUACUUGUCCAAUCACUGGCUCUGGUUAUAAGCGCUUACGCCGUCGCGUUCCGCUUUUCUUGGUCAUUGACAUUGGUUGCAAGCGCUUCUAUUUUGUUUAUAUCGAUAUUAUAUAGCCUCCUCGUUCCGAUAUACGUCAAACUGCAAAAGAAGGUUGAGCAAGCGGACGAAAAGGCCUCGUCGAUUGCAGGAGAAGCGCUUGGGUCGAUUCGUACCAUUGUCUCUUGUUGUGCAGAAGGCCGGCUUGCGGCUCGUUAUGGAGAAUGGGUUGGGGAAGCGCGAAAACGAGGAAUGCGGCUGGCACCACAGGUCGGUGCGCAGCUCGCGCCGUCAAACUUCGCCAUGUACGGGAGCUAUGCGUUGACGUUCUGGUUCGGCGUCAGACAGUAUGCGUCGAAUAAUAUUCCUGAUGUUGGCCCCGUUAUUACGGUCAUUUUUUCAGUUCUCAUAGUGGUAUCAACACUCUCUUUUCUUGCAACCCCUAUUAUCGCCAUUUCCAAGGCGGUGAGCGCAUCUACCUACUUUUUCGAAAUGAUUGACGCGCCAAAGCCUAAAACGUCGGGCUUGAAGGAUCAAAAUGUUUCAACCACCGAUAUCCGUUUCGAGGCCGUGAAUUUCUCGUAUCCAACCCGGCCCGAUGUUAAAAUCCUCAACAAUCUGACCAUUGAUAUUCCAGCUGGAAAAAUAACCGCCCUUGUUGGACCCUCUGGUUGUGGCAAAAGUACGAUUGUCGGACUGUUGGAACGUUGGUAUCAGAUUGAGAGCCAGUUUGAGGGUGACCCUAAUAGUGACGCCCCACAAAGCGGUGAUCCUCAAAACGAGAAAGUGCACGAGACAACAACAUCCCCCAAUAGUGGGUCAAUAAAAAUUGGACCUCACAAUCUCUAUGACCUGGAUCUUAAAUGGUGGAGAUCCCAAAUCGGAUUGGUGCAACAGGAACCAUUUACGUUUAACACAACCAUCUACCAAAACGUCGCCUAUGGUCUAGUGGGAUCAAAGUGGGAAAACGAAUCCGAAGAAGUGAAAAGAAAACUUGUUGUGGAAGCCUGCCGGGAAUCGUUUGCGUCAGAGUACAUUGAAAAAUUGCCGCUGGGAUAUGACACCAUGGUUGGAGAGAAUGGCUUGAAACUCAGCGGCGGCCAGCGCCAGAGACUUGCAAUUGCUCGAAGCAUUAUUAAAAGGCCGCCCAUACUUAUCCUUGAUGAGGCAACAAGUUCAAUCGAUGUUCGAGGAGAACGUAUUGUUCAAGAGGCACUUGAUCGAGUAUCCAAAAAUCGCACGACAAUAACCAUCGCCCAUCGAUUAUCCACGAUAAAAAAGGCAGAUAAAAUCAUCGUUCUGAGGGCAGGAGAAAGCAUUGAGCAGGGAACACAUGAGGAGCUGCUUGAAUUCAAAGGACUGUACCACACGUUGGUGGAAAAUCAGCGUCUCGAAAUGGGAGAACAGGACCCUGAUAUCCAAGGCCAGGCCAGUCCAAAACGUCAAGUUGAGGAUAUGCAGAGCAUCCUCAAAGAAGCCUCAAGAACCGAUGAUGCUGGUGGGCCUGACCAAGCGCCUGUGCUUACGUAUAAAGCGAGAUCGCUGGUCAAUUCGGUCGGCCUAUUCCUCUGGGAACAAAGAAAGCUUUGGUAUUUGGAUGUUGCCAUUGUUAUUGCUGCUGCGGGCUGUGGAUCCGCCUUUGCCAUCCAGAGUUAUAUAUUUGCACAACUCACGGCCGUGUUUCAGCUAUCUGGUGAUCAGCUGAUUAACCGAAGCGAAUUCUGGGCCCUAAUGUUCUUCAUACUUGCCCUUGGUGUUGGGUUUUUUUACUUCGUACUGGGCUUCUCGUCGACAAGUCUGUCUGCAAAUAUUUGCGGCACAUAUCGACAACAAUACUUUGAGCAUAUCAUUGCGAAGCCGAUCGAAUUUUUCGACGAGGAAGGAAACUCGACGGGCUCAUUGACAUCUCGACUCUCGACCGAUCCGACACAGCUCCAAGAACUUGUUGGCCACCAAAUGGCAUUCCCUCUCAUCUCCGUAUUUAAUGUUAUUGGUUGCGUCUCUGUUGCAUUUUCCUUUGGCUGGAAAUUGACUUUAGUCGCAAUAUUCUCUGCAUUUCCACUAAUUAUUCUAGCAAUGUUCAUUCGGGUCAGAUAUGAGAUACAAUUCGAGAAACUGAAUGCUGCUGUAUUCGAGAGCAGUUCGCAGUUCGCGUCAGAAGCCAUUUCCGCAUUCCGCACAGUCACUUCUCUCACUCUAGAGGAUACCAUCACCACCCGUUAUUCUGCUCUUUUACAAGACCACGUAGAGAAAGCUUUCCUGAAGGCAAGAUUUGCAACGCUGAUCAUCGCCGCGUCGGAUAGCAUAGAACUUCCAUGCAUGGCAUUAUGCUUCUGGUAUGGAGGUCAACUACUGAGCACGCGCGAGUACGAUGUUCUGCGUUUCAUGGUUAUAUAUAUCUCUGUGGUCAUGGGUGGCCAAGCAGCGGGGCAAUUUGGCAGUUUGACACCGAAUUUGGCACAAGCCACGGUAGCUGCCAAUCGAAUAUUAAGCGUCAGACCCUCUGAAAAUAGCAAUGAUGGGGGAAAGGAAACCGUCGGCCGCUUUGAAGGGGGAGCUCAAAUCGAUUUCAAGUCUAUUAAUUUUAAAUAUCCGACGAGGGAUGUAGUUGUGUUCAAGAACCUCAGUUUUACAAUUGAGAAAGGUCAAUUUGCCGCCUUGGUUGGGCCAUCUGGAUGCGGCAAGUCAACCGUCAUCGGAUUGCUUGAGAAGUUCUACGGAUACCAGAGCGGUACCAUCGCAAUUGACGGACACGAUCUGAACACCCUGGAUGUAUCCUCAUAUCGACAGUCUGUUUCGUUAGUAUCACAAGAACCGGCGUUAUACCAAGGAUCCGUGAAGGACAACGUUUUACUAGGCGUUGAUCCGGCCCAUUUUACCGACGAGGAUGUCCAACAGGCAUGUAAAGAUGCGAACAUUCACGACUUCAUCAGUUCGCUCCCAGAAGGUUACAACACAGACGUUGGCGUCCGCGGGUUAGCGAUGAGCGGCGGCCAAAAGCAGCGCAUAUGUAUCGCACGGGCUCUCAUCCGCAACCCCAGCAUCCUGUUACUUGACGAAGCGACAUCCAGUCUCGACUCAGAGUCGGAGAAACAUGUACAGGAAGCCAUUGAAAGGACAGCCAAAGGGCGGACGGUGGUUGUAGUUGCACAUCGAUUGGCUACGGUCCAAAACGCCGAUGUCAUCUUCGUCUUUGGCGAGGGCGGGAUUGUAGAAACAGGGACGCAUUCCGAUUUGCUGAAGCGGAGAGGUAUUUACUAUCAAAUGUACCCUUUCUGGAAUAAAAAUGGAUCGCUAAGUGUGUUGGGAACCAAAAUGCAGUGUGAAUCUCAAGCGCUAGAUCGGUAG